CGAAGGCGGCUCAGCAGACCAACUCUGUUCAACAAAUUCCUUCAUUUACUGUUAGCGCGAAUGCUGAUAUUCCUACCAAAGGAUGGACAGAGGUUGAAGCUAUUGUUCGACAGUAUGAUGACGUACCUAUGACUGACCCAUUACGGGGGUCGCGCUCACAAUCACCAGAUGCAGUCUCUACGGGAAUUCCAUCAUUCAGCCUUGGCUUAACUCAAGAACACCCUUCCACCCGAUGGGAGGAGGUAGCAGCAAUUCGACGUCAUUACGAUGUGGUGCCUGCAGCUGGCCCGAUACAUGGAUCUACGUCAAACACACUGACUGUAGUAUGUGUGAUGAACCAUUCAUCAACUCCCGACUUGACAGAUGACCACCCUACUCAACUGUGGGCUGAGGCUGAAGUAAUUGCUCGCAAGUAUGACGUUGUGCCUACACUUGACACGUCUCGUGGAUCUACGUCUAACCCAACACCAGUAGGACCCAUUGCAGUGCCUGUGUUCGCAGGUCCUCAGCACCAGUCCUCGAUUGGGAAUGCUGUUCAAAAUUCUGUUACGAAAAUCAAUCAAAGUGAAGGCCGAGCAAUUGGUAGCAACGAUAACGACAAAACACCUAUACAACAAAUACCUAGGACUCAUCCAGGUUACAGCAUGGUCUUCAAUCAAACAUGUGCUGCCCCUCAAAAGUUUUCACGCCAACCCUUAGGGGCUGUAGUGCCGUUGCGCACAAUCGAUUGGAAUUCGUAUGCUCCACGCACCCGCACCCGCACACUCCAAAUGCGGUCUGUGAAAAAACCGGAAUCUCAGGUUGUCUAUGAUUGGAUGGCUACCAACGUUAAUUUGGACAGGAAUGCGGAGUUAUUUAAUUAUGGUGGGUGGUCUGCACGCCGGGAGGACUUUAUGUCGUUAUUGGAAGGCAAUCAAGUGGCGGUUGCUAUAAUCAAUGCUUGGGCAUCACUGCUAAACUUUAGGGAGCGGGGUAAACCAAUUGCUGCACCUAGUAGGUUUUUCGUGUCAAUAGCUACAACGUUGCACACAGUUAGUAACUUUCAAGCACCCCGUUCACAUCGAUUACAAUUAUUCACUGAGCGGAUGGAGGCCGAAUUAAAGUUAACAAGUUAUGCUACAUGGGGAGAUGUGGACAUGUUCAUUUUCCCUAUAUUGCAUGGCACACAUUAUUAUGUUAUUUCUGUUGAUGUAAGACGAUUGAAGUUCGAUAUUAUUGAUAACUUAUCUACUGGUGGUGAUUCACUCGAAAAAUAUGGCCAAACCCAUAUGCAGCUGCAUGAUUUGCUCUCCGUAUUCUUCGAGGACUCCGGAUUCCCUGCACUCUACAUAAAGGUCACUGCACUGCAACCACGACGCCUUCGAAUGUCAUGGCGCGAAACAAAAAACAGCAUCGACUCUGGUGUAUUUGCAAUGCGCCAUAUGGAGACGUAUGUAGGGCAGUCGAUAGCCUCUUGGGAUUGUGGUAUUCGGAGGGGUGAUGCAAGGUGUGUGCGUGAAAUGCGCGUAAGGCUCAUGUCAGAACUUUUGCUGUUUCAUAACAACACACCGUCUGCCCAACGUCAACGCAGUGGGGGGAUUUGA